AUGGUCAGCCUCAAAUCCACCCUCGCCCUGGCCCUCUGCGCCGUCCUCGCCGCCGCCAACCCCAUCGCCCUCGAAAAGCGCCAGGGCACCACCGGCCUCGGCUCCAUCCGCUGCGGCGACGCCAAGUACUCCCGCAAGCAGGUCGACGAGGCCGUCGCCGAGGGCUGCCGCCUCUACGCCAACAACCAGCAGGUCGGCACCAGCGAGUACCCCCACCGCUUCAACAACCGCGAGGGCCUCACCUUCGACACCUCCGGCCCCUACCAAGAGUUCCCCAUCAUCUCGUCUGGAAACUACACAGGCAGGGCACCGGGCCCCGACCGUGUGGUCUUCGACCCCGAUUACCGGGGCAGCUGCAUCUUUGUCGGCGCAAUGGCCCACACCGGCGCCGUCCAGCGCAACGGCUUUGUCUCGUGCAAUGAGAGCUCUUCAAGCAGCGGCAGUGGUAGCUCGGCGGCCUCGAGUAUCACUACCUCAAGCUCAUUUGGGGUGCUCCUUCCUGUGCUGUCUUUGCUUGCCCUUACCGCUUGA